GCCUGCUAGUACUCUACAAGCCUUGUGCCUGUGUGCAGAGAGAGCAGAGUUGGUGUUCGAUGCAGAAGCAACAGCAACAGUCAGGACUUCAGGUUUUCUUGUAUUUUUGAUCACUUUGUAUAAACUAAAACUCACAGCUGUUGGAAGAACUGAUAAACAACCACAGUAAACGUGUGCCAGUGAGAGGUCGACCACAGGGAUGUGACCAGCGAUGGAGGUAGAGGGGUUGUUCCUGUACAGGUAAAGAUGACUCUGCUGGCAGGAGAUGGCUCAGACUACGACUACAGCGCUCUGAGCUGUGCCUCCGAUGCCUCCCUCCUCCUCCCUCAACCCCCGCCCCUGUCAGAGCAGGAGGCCCUCAAGGGGGCUUUCUACAAACGGGCCCAGUUCCUUCCUGAGGACUCGGACCACCUCCUCACCGACACCACUUCGCCCUCCGCUACCCAUAAACUUCACGCCAUCAUCAACGUGGGCGGGCUGCGUUAUCAACUACCCUGGACCACCUUGGAGGACUUCCCCCUGUCCCGACUGGGCCAGCUGCGCCUCUGCAGCAGCUUCGACGAGAUCAUGCGCGUCUGCGAUGAUUACGAUGUUGCUCGAAACGAGUUCUUCUUUGACCGUUCGCCCUGUGCCUUCCGCACCAUCCUGACCUUCCUGCGGGCUGGGAAGCUGCGGUCCCUCAGGGAGAUGUGUGCCCUCUCCUUCAGGGAGGAGCUGCUCUACUGGGGGGUCCCUGAAGAGAACCUGGAGUGGUGCUGCCGUCGCCGCCUCAUCCAGCGGGUGGAUGAGUGUGACGAGUUGGAGCGGGCCGCCCAGGAGGACGAGGAGGAGGAGCUGAUGAUGGACACGGACAGCAGGCACCGUAGGGGUUCCACCGCCCUGGCUACGGAGACCCGGAUGGGACAUUGUAUGAACAAGCUGAGGGACAUGGUGGAGAGGCCCCACUCUGGCCUGCCAGGGAAGAUCUUUGCCUGUCUGUCGGUGCUGUUUGUCACCAUCACGGCUGUCAACCUGUCCAUCAGUACCUUGCCGGCCAUGAGAGAGGAGGAGGAGCAAGGCAAGUGUUCCCAGAUGUGCUACAACAUCUUCAUUGUGGAGACAGUGUGUGUGGGCUGGUUCUCCCUAGAGUUCACCCUGCGCUUCAUCCAGGACAGAGACAAACUAGCCUUCCUGAGACGCCCUCUGAACCUCAUAGACGUGGUGGCAAUCCUGCCAUACUACAUCACCCUGGUAGUGGACAGCUACCAGGGGGAGAAGAAGCUGGGCUCGGGCAGCAGUUACCUAGAUAAGGUGGGUCUGGUGCUCCGGAUCCUCCGCGCCCUGAGGAUCCUAUAUGUGAUGCGGCUGGCCCGCCACUCCUUGGGCCUGCAGACUCUGGGGCUGACAGCGCGGCGCUGCACACGGGAGUUUGGGUUGCUCCUCCUCUUCCUCUGUGUGGCCAUUGCCCUCUUCUCCCCGCUGCUCUACCUCAUCGAGAACGAGAUGGCCGCCACCCACGAGUUCAGCAGUAUCCCCGCCACCUACUGGUGGGCUGUCAUUACCAUGACAACGGUGGGCUACGGGGACAUGGUUCCGAGGAGCAUCCCGGGUCAGGUGGUGGCGCUAAGCAGUAUCCUGAGCGGGAUUCUUCUCAUGGCAUUCCCAGUCACCUCCAUCUUUCAUACAUUCUCCCGGUCGUACGUGGAACUGAAGCAGGAGCAGCAGAGGCUACUGCAAAGACGAACACACUUCCUUUUACGCAGGAGGAUGGGUGGGCUGGGAAGUAACAUGUCACUGGAGAGUGACUACCCCAACUGUGGCUCCUCUGAGACCAGGGACCAGGACGACUGAGGAGGAGGAGGAGGAGGGGGAGGGAGAAUUAAAGGAAACAAAGCACAAAGAGAAUAAAACAAAAGAGGGGUUAGGACUUGGCAACUUCAUCUGUGAACAGGGACCCAAAUGACUAAGGAUGAUGAGAGAAAAAAAAUCAAGGACACAAAGCAUAGAGGUUAAGAGGACCUGGCAAUGCUCUGCUAAAAAUGUUUUUGUUUAUUAUUUUUCUCUGGACGAUGUCAUCUCUGUCUGGCAUUAUGAUGUAAUAGAGGCCGGAAAUGUUCCCAGAAACCAGAAGAUCUGCACAAUAACAGAAAGAAGAUUAUAAUGAAUCAUAUUAGAUCAUUGACAUUUUGCUGUAUAACAGAACAUGAUAUUCCAUAAAUGCAUAUAUCAAAAAUAACAUACAGUAUAAGCUAUAUGUAAUAUGUGAUCGAUUUCUUAUUCAUUUUUGUGCCUCAAUUGUGAAGAGUGAGUCCAGUCCAUAACCAUAUUUCUUAAGAGUUAGAGGUGUAUUGGUGCUCAGCACUGUUUGGGGUUGUAUAUGCAAUUUUUUGUAUGAAACAUUGAAGAAACAUGUAUAUGUCCAUAGUUAUUGUGUGCUCUGUCUCUUACAAAUGUAUUUCUAAAUAAUGCUGUUGGUUGUUAAGUAUUUAUAACUUACACUCUCUUUAAAGUUUAACUGAACUGAAGCUGAUCUGCCUCGUGAUUGCAUGGACAUAUUUGUAAUUUCACUGACUUUGUUGCUAUUUCCCAACCAAUUAUACGUUUAUUGGGUCCUUCUAAUCACCCCAAACAACCCAAAACAACCCAAAAGUACCAACAAGUACCCAAAAGUACCCAAUAGUACCCAAAAGAACCCAGAAGUACCCAAAAGAAUCCCAAACAACCCCAAACAGGUACCCAAAAGAACCCCAAACAGCAGUGGAGGCUGGUGGGAGGAGC